UAGGCCCUGUGUUAGCAUAAAUGUCAGCAUUUCAAAUGGAUUUUCAACUGGGCCGCUAUGCUGACAUAAACUUAUUUAUUGGGGAAAUUCUUCUCUGUAAUUUAUCUGUAAAGGGGAAGUUACUUUUGUAUGAAAGGGGUUGUUCACCUCUGAGGUUUGGUAUGAUGUAGAGGCCAGAUUUGGCCUUACCCUCUUCAUUUUCUGGUUUUCAAACCAUUUCCUGGUUGCUAGGCUGAGUGGGAUCAGAGAGACCAGAUAACUAUUGAAAUUCCAAACUGUGCCAUCUGCUGGACAUGGAGCAAGGUGACGACAGAACCUUUGGUGUCCCGGCCAUUCUUACAGAUUCCUGCUUCUCACAAAGAUAUAGGGAGCACCUAGAUAAGAUUGGCAUUCUGGAUGGGCGAUACAGAGCGCAGAAACUACAUGAGGGCACAGUGGCUCUUCCAGUGUUGGAAAACAAACUGAGUGCAUCUGUUGUGGAAGAUCUUAUAGGAACUGUUGCUCCAGGGAGCUCCUGCAGAGAAACACUGAUCAUGAACCCUGUUCUCUCUAAGCGUGCUCGGGUCAUGUCUCCUGCUCAGAUGUUAAGGACAAAUGUCUAUGAGCUGUUGGAACGUCUUGGCCUUACUUGGACAAGAGAUCUAGAACGUGACCUCCCUCACUCAUGGCAGAGGCAUGGAGACCUGGUUGUUUUGAAUGAGGAUUGCUUCAGGGACCCAAUAUGGGAACAGUUAGGCACUGAGUUGUGGGUGAGCGUGGCCUCUUCCUUGGGUGUGGAACGCAUAGCUAAGCAAGGCAGAGUAAUGGACGACGGGAUGAGAUCUCCCAAUGUAACAAUUUUGCUAGGUGAGAAUGGAUGGGUAGAGCAUAUGGACAAUGGCAUCAGGUAUACCUUUGACAUCACAAAAUGCAUGUUCUCAGCAGGAAACAUAACCGAGAAGCAAAGAGUGGCUUCACUAUCCUGUCAUGGAGAGGUGGUGGUUGACCUAUAUUCAGGAAUUGGCUACUUUACUCUGCCAUACUUGGUUCAUGCAGGUGCCUCCUUUGUUCAUGCCUGUGAGUGGAACCCCCAUGCUGUCAGUGCUCUCAAGAAAAAUGUGCUUAUUAACAGGGUUUCUGACAAAUGCCAGAUCCACGAGGGAGAUAACAGACAGCUGACAUUGUGUGAUGUGGCUGACAGAGUGAACCUGGGUCUCAUUCCCACCUCUGAGCCUGGUUAUCCAGUUGCAUGCAGAGUUCUGAAGAAGGACACAGGUGGAGUGCUGCACAUACACCACAAUGUGGACUGCUACUGCAAAAGUCAAGGAGAAAUUGAUAUAGCUGAUUCUCAGACAUGGCGGAAAAAAGCUUGGAGGAAAUGGGCCGAGUCAGUAGAACAAAAUAUCUGUGCAAUGUUAGAGCAAAUUGAAGGGAAAAAAUGGCAAACUGGCAUCUUGCGACUGGAAAAGGUCAAGUCUUAUGCACCACACGUGGAUCAUGUUGUAUUGGACCUGGACUGUCGCCCACUACAAAACAUUUGAAGACCAUUUCUUUUUUUUUGUCUUUUUUUUUUUUUAGUUAAUAAAUCAUGUAUGUUAAAUAUGUUGGUGGCUUAAGUAGGUAAGGACACUGAAAUGUGUAAUUGUAGCAACUUUGCAAUGAAGUCGUUGAGGUCUUUAAUCAGUCAAAAGGACACAAACAGGGUUGCUAACUUUCGCAAGCAUCGCUGCACAGGUGUUUUGGGUUGGCAAAACAUGUUACAUUCUCCCUUAAAGGGCUCCAAUCAUAACUAAAAUCACUUACUAAGUAAAUACACUUUCAAGAUUUUUAAAACCGUUACAAUUGUUCACACCUGUAUUGUUCACACCUGAGACCCAGACUGAGACUGCCCACAUUGUUCACUUUAUACAAAAUGCUAAUGGGGCACCAGCACUGUCACUGUAUUGUAGUACAUAUUAGAGUGGUCCUGAUAGGUUUCCCUGUCUCUUGCUCUGUUCUGCCUUCCAUAUGCUCCCUGUGUGUGCCCUGCUCUGCCUGUCUGUGUCCUGCUUUGCCUGCAUGUGCCAGGUGCCCUACUCUGUGCCUUGCUCUGCCUGUGGAACAUACGCCUGGUCUUUGUUCUGGGGGUUUGUUUAUUUGAAAAUAAAUUGUUGGGGGUCCCUAAGGUGUGUAUCAUGUACGGGGUUUACUGUGUUAUCCAAGGGGAAGAGGAGGCAUAUGGAUUUAAGGGUAUGUCUUAAUAUGACAACUUUUUUCACAUAUAUAUUUUUUGGUGUGCUACCACAAUUAAUUUGGACAUGAUCUUGUGGUAACAUGGGUGUGGUUUAAAAACAGGGAGUGGUCAACACUGGCUUCCAUUAUCGGCCCUACGCUUUGUAGGCUGUAAAAAUUUCGGAUUGCACUGGGUAAAUACCAUUACUCUAUAAUCACAUGUAACACCAGCCUUAAGUCCAUUUUUUAAAUGGUGUACUGCUUCCAACAUACAUACACGGGGGGGAAGCAGAUAAUGUUGGAAACAUACAGUAUACACGCCUGGGAUUCAUUGUUAAAGAGGUUAGAUGACUAUCACUAUGAUUAGAAUAUAAACAUAUUAUAAUACUAUAUAUUGCAUAUAUUGGUCUUUUUCAUUAACUUUACCUACUUCUGCCUUGUAUAACCAGUUUUGUUACAGCAAAAUGCCAUCAUUGCAGAGAGGUCCAGUAAAGGAUGGGCUAUAUCUGAAACAGAUGCUGUAUAUGCGGUAUACUAAGCGGUUUCUUAUCUUAUAUGCUGCAACUGGGGAAAGGGAGGGCUUUCUUUAUAUAGAGGGAUACUCUGUGGACUGCAGAAAGUAGAAUGUGACUUUAAUUUUUAA